UCAAAGCAGCUGCUGGGCGUAAGAUGGUGCACGAGCGCCGAGGCUUGUGUGUUUAUUUUUGUUCAGAAGUGAAAUAUGGUUUUCCCUUGAGACUCAUAUAGUUUUAUUAUUAAUAUUAUUUUAUACAUAUUCGGGAUUUAUUUCUGAGGCAAAUGUAGGCCGCGUUUCGUUUAGACGACGUGUUUGGGGUUUACCUCUAACUGGAGAGAGCGAGAAAGAGUGGACGGAUCCAGCUUAGCAUAGCCUAGCCUAGCGUAGCCUAGCCCAGCUUAGCUUAGUUGAGCCUAGCCAGCUAACUUGUUUCUCACUCAGCAGCAGAGUAUCAAGGUCAGAAAUUGAAUGGAUGCACCAGGACACUGUUGAUGAGUUUUUGUCUCUGAAGGUCUGGCGAGACUUUAUUUUUUAAAUAAAAGGCGCAGAGACUACAGAAGUCAGUCAGGAUGUCGAUCACAAACACGCCGACCAGUAACGAUGCCUGCCUGAGCAUCGUGCACAGCCUGAUGUGCCACAGGCAGGGCGGCGAGAGUGAGACCUUUGCCAAGCGAGCCAUUGAGAGCCUGGUGAAAAAACUAAAAGAGAAGAAGGAUGAACUUGACUCACUCAUCACAGCCAUCACCACCAACGGGGCUCAUCCCAGCAAGUGUGUGACUAUCCAGCGCACUCUGGAUGGCAGACUUCAGGUGGCUGGACGUAAAGGUUUCCCUCACGUGAUCUACGCCCGUCUGUGGCGGUGGCCCGACCUCCACAAGAAUGAGUUGAAGCACGUCAAAUACUGCCAGUUCGCCUUCGACCUGAAGUGUGACAGCGUCUGCGUGAACCCUUACCACUACGAGCGGGUGGUUUCACCAGGUAUAGAUCUGUCUGGACUUACUCUCUCGGGUACUGGUUCCUCUGGCCUCAUGGUGAAAGAUGAGUAUGACUAUGAUUGCCCAUCAUCUUUACCCAGUUCUGAGGGUCACAUCCAGACUAUCCAGCAUCCUCCUACCAGACCCAUGCCAGAGCCAGCCUUCAGUAGUCCCACCCUACUCCCCUCCGCAGAAGGGAGCAGCUCUGCCUCCACUUCUGCCUUCUCCAGUAUCCCAGUUGGGUCCUCAACUCAGCCCAGUAUUCUCUCAGGGAGCCGUAGCAGCGAGGGUCUGCUACAGAUUGCUUCUGGGACAGGGCAGGGGACGCAGCAGAAUGGCUUCCCCCCAGGCAACUCCUCCACUUAUCACCACAAUGCAACUUCUACUUGGACAAGAAGCAGCAGUUUUACUCCCAGUGUGCCUCCACAACAAAAUGGCCAUAUACAGCAUCAUCCACCCAUGCACCAUCCAGCACACUACUGGCCUGUACACAAUGAAAUAGCAUUUCAGCCACCUAUUUCAAACCACCCAGCUCCUGAUUACUGGUGCUCCAUUGCCUAUUUUGAGAUGGACGUUCAGGUCGGCGAGACCUUUAAGGUUCCCUCAAACUGCCCUAUUGUGACCGUGGAUGGCUAUGUGGACCCAUCAGGAGGAGACCGCUUUUGUCUGGGCCAGCUAAGCAAUGUGCACAGAACCGAGGCCAUUGAAAGAGCAAGACUGCACAUUGGUAAGGGCGUCCAGCUGGAGUGUAAGGGCGAAGGUGAUGUGUGGGUGCGCUGCCUCAGCGACCACGCUGUCUUUGUGCAGAGCUACUACUUGGAUCGAGAGGCUGGACGUGCCCCCGGAGACGCCGUGCAUAAGAUCUACCCGAGUGCGUACAUCAAGGUGUUUGACCUGCGUCAGUGCCACCGGCAGAUGCAGCAGCAGGCAGCUACGGCUCAGGCAGCGGCUGCUGCUCAGGCAGCGGCGGUGGCUGGAAACAUCCCUGGGCCUGGAUCUGUGGGCGGCAUUGCCCCUGCAAUCAGUCUGUCUGCAGCCGCUGGCAUCGGUGUGGAUGACCUGCGCAGGCUGUGCAUCCUGCGCAUGAGCUUUGUGAAAGGUUGGGGUCCCGAUUACCCAAGACAGAGCAUUAAGGAGACACCAUGCUGGAUCGAGAUCCACCUGCACCGGGCUCUGCAGCUCCUGGACGAGGUGCUGCACACCAUGCCCAUAGCUGACCCACAACCGCUGGACUGAGCGCAACAUUCUCUCCUCCCCCCCCUCUCUCUCUCACCCUGUUAAAGCCACGCACUGAACUGAGCGAGGUUUUGUUUUUUUCCACAAUCAGGUAACUAAUGCCGAUGAACUGUGCGACAGCUUGGAUGAGUUGAAGGCUGACUCUAAGCCUUUUGUUAAACAAAAGGCAAGUUCAAGGAUGUUGGCAAAACACAAGUCUGACUUUUGAAUAAGUAGUAACAGUGGAAAGAUGCUCCAUGAUUUCAUCCAAACACCUUAUUGUUUUUCUCAAGGCUCCAGCAAUGGUGCACAAAAUGUAUUAAGAAACAAGGAAUUAAAUUGAAAAAGAACACGGUUUACGAUCUUCAUAUGAAGACAUAAUACACCAGGAAGUGAAUAAUGGAUCUAACUGCUUCUCUGUAUCAUUGCUCAAGGUGUUUUUCGCGAACUCAUGGAUGUAGUUUCCACAAUCUGCAACGCAUAAAUAUGUUCAGGGACAUUUUGUGCAUGUCUGUGCUACAAGAAACUAAUCACUUCUUUGCAGGGGAAUGUUUAAAGAAUUACUGCAUUGGUCUAUGAUGAAGUUACUGACCUGUGUAUUAAUAUAGUGCAGGAACUGGGCUUUGCAUAUUAACCAUUAUAAAACCACUUAGGUUUUUUUUUUUCCUUCUUUGCAGUUUGUAAAUCUCUGCCUUUUUGUUUUUUUACUUUUAUCUGUCUUCCUUCCCCCAAACCAAGACCCCCCCCCCCUCUACCUUUUUAAGAGUUAAAUUCACACGAGUAAGCAAAAGCCUAAAACACUGACAAGUUGCAGCUUUUCGAAAAUAUUGUAAAAGAAAAUACAGGUCUGUAACGUUUGAACGUUUUGGCAGCAGACUGCAUCUUUAACUGCUGUUUCAUAACUUGAGCCAUCCCAUAGCUUAUUAAACCAUGUAGCAUUUAUAAUUAUAUAUUUUUUCCUGUUGGAGAUCAGUAAAGAGAUUGUAAGCAGUUAUUUGCUAAAGUAAACAGAUCGAAUUACAGGCAGGAGAUAAGUAAUUUAUAUAGGAAAGAGAUAAAUGCAUACUUUGCAAAAUAAAGCAGUUAAAAUAGUCAGGGUAAAAUUUAUUUGUACAGGGGGCAAUAUUUUUUUUUUUCUUUAGCUAAAUCAUUAGCAGUUAAUAUAGCACUUUAUUAUUUUUUUCCAUCUCCUUUCCUAAAUUUCUUUCUCUUCUAAAAUUUAGCACAACCAUGCUCUUACAACCCGUGACACGUUAAUGUUUUAUGAUUGGGACAUUAAACCCUCAUAAUGUUUUUUUCCACAGCUUCAUGACCCAAUAUUAUUUUUCUUUUUGUUUUGUUUUUUGAGAUACCCAUACUCCUGUCGGAUGUUUGUGUAAAUGCAUGUUGAAAGGGCUUAUGGUUUCAAAUUUCUUUGCCUUGAAGCAAGCCUCAAAAAAUACCUGUCUCUCUCUAAAUUCAUCUUUUAAAAUUCCUAUCCUAUCCAGUGAAUAAAUCUCAUUGAUGUUUUAAUUAGAAUGUACAGGUUUUCUAUGUGACCACGAAGCCAUAUAAAAUGAGAGAACAGAGUAUUACAUCAGUAUUACCUAAAGCCUGUUUGUCCUGGAUUUUUUUUCCCUUUUGCUUUAAGUAAAAACAGACUGAAUUAAGACAAUCCUUUUGGAAUGGUCCGUCUCACCGGGCUUUACCUAGAAUGUUUCCUUUUGCUACUUUUACGAUAUGCAGCCUAAUAUCUUCUAUAGCAAUUUGUAUUGAAAAGAGAAAGGGCAUUGCAGUUUCCAUAGGAACACUUGCUCUUUCAGGUAGAUAAUCGAUUUUAUCAGUUAACUGAAAUAUAUUUCAAAGUAGAAUGUUGAACAAU